AUCCCCUUUCUUUCACUUGCGAAAGAGACGAACAAACGCAAAACAGUCGAAGGAAGAUGAGGAAAUUCGAUCCAUGGCCGGUGUUUUUCAGGCGAGAAUGGAAGAGGAACUGGCCGUUCCUUGUUGGUUUCGCCAUAACUGGCGCCGCAAUUACCAAGAUGACUGCCGGAUUUUCUGAGGAAGAGGUGAAGAAUUCUCCCUUCGUGCAGAGGCACAAUCGGUAUUUUCUCGGAACCCUAAUUUGCGCACAUCUUCUUGGAUUUGCAUAUCAAUUAGAUCUAGUAUCUCAUAUGGUUUCGUUUGUCUGUUGAUUUGUGUUUUUAAUAUGUAAAAUCCACAAAUCUUUUGAAGAUGAUUGUAGAUUUUGAUAUUGGGUUUCUGAUUUCUGAUUUGGGGUUUCUACAUUUACAUGAGUGUGGCAGUCAUAAAUUGUUUCAAUGUUGCUUAUUUCUCACUAAUGGCUAUUCUUUUUUAGUGAGAAUUGAGCAUUUUUACCAUAAUCUUGUAGUAAUUAAGCUUCUUUUUCUCUAGAUGUUAUUGUAGAAUCACAUAUAUUGUUUAUGUUCUAGAGAUUUUACAUUCGAGCAUACUUAUAUUUCUACAGCUGACAGAUAUAUUUGGUUUUUCAGUAAUUGUUCUCUAGAUUGUUGAUUUAGAAUAUAGGAAUGUGCUUGACAAGCUAAUGCUGUGCCUGCUGCAGGUGAAUCCUUUAAUGGGGAGAUUAGUGGCAUUGGAAAAUGUGAGAUGUUUUUCAUUUGUGCAAAAUAACAGAUGCUGCUGUUAGUUUACCAGCCGUUUGAAUCAAGCUUUAUUGGUACUUCUCAGUAUGUAUCAAUACUUGGAUGGAUUUUUUGUGAUGUUGUUUACUUCUUAUAUAUGAACAUGAAUUCUUUUUUCGUAGCAUCUGGGUUGCAAGCUUUUCCCUUCUUUAAUUUGGAAUGCUAGAAACCUGUUCAUGUACUGAUUAGUACUUGUCGUAUAAAAGCUUACAUGAAUUUCCAGAUUGGGUAACUCUCAUCUGGACUGGCUGAGAUCAA